AUGUUGCGCCGUAGACUGGAUGAAGAAAUUGCGCAGAAAAUUCAGCUCGGUGCGGAACUGGAAGAGACUCAGCGCGUUCUCAGUGAAUGCAGGAUAAAAGUAGACGCGGAGGUUGCCAGCAAAAUUGAGCGUGACGACAUUAUCAAAGUUUUGCAAACCACAAUUGUACAGCUUCAGAGUAGCGGUGAUUCAAGUUGCCUUGGAUCAAGUAUAAUUAACGAACAAGCUUUAGUUUCUUCGCUACAUGAAAAAGAAGAACUCAUUCAGGCACUGAAAAAGCAAUUGGAGGGAGCUGAGGAGCGGUAUGAAAGAGAGCAUAAGGAAGUACUGGAUUUAGAAGAGAUAGUAAAAAUCCUUCACGAAUACGUCCAGAAUGAUCAGCAAACGCGUGCGGAAUAA